AACGCCUUAGCGACACGUUAUACGACACUUUGGACGAUUAACACGAUUCUGCAUGAGUUCGUGACAACGUUUGAAGCUUGCGAACUAGAAAGAUCAAACUUUAAACAGUUUUUCGGGCUCGGAGUGGACAAACCGGCCAUCUUUGCUAAUGUAGCUUAGCUUUCUCUGCUCUCCUGGAGUGAAAAAAACAAACUUUCCUGGACUUCCAUAAAAAAAGACUAAACCUUCCUCCAGCACUUCAAGCAAAGCUCAAGCUUCAUUCAUUCAUCCAGCCAGGACAUGUAUUAACACAGCCGGUCUGCAGUCAGACCCAGAAAUUCCCCAGGGUUGUAUUUGUUUUUUUAAUUUAUUUUUUGGUUUAUCAUUUCACGUCAUCAUGUCAUCGUUUUCUGAGUCAGCGUUGGAGAAGAAGCUGUCAGAACUGAGUAGCUCGCAGCAGAGCGUUCAGACGUUGUCGCUGUGGAUCAUACACCACCGCAAGCAUUCGGGAACCAUCGUCCGUGUGUGGCAUAAAGAGCUGAAGAAAGGUAAGGCCAAAACUAGCCGGAAGUUGACCUUCCUUUACCUCGCCAACGAUGUUAUUCAGAACAGCAAAAAGAAAGGACCAGAGUUCACGCGGGAUUUUGAAGGUGUCCUCGUUGAUGCCUGCUCUCAUGUAGCGAGAGAAUCAGAUGAUGGCUGCAAGAAGCACAUUGAGAGGUUGUUGAACAUCUGGCAGGAACGCAGUCUCUACCGCUCUGAUUUCAUUCAGCAGCUCAAACUGUCCAUAGAGGACUCCAACAGCCCCAGGGUGAAAGCAGCAGCAGAUGACGGCUUGAAGAAGGGCUUGAAAAGAACGCUCCAGAAGGUUCAGGAAGAGGAAGAGGAAGAUGACGACGAUGAUUACAGGGCCCAGUAUUCUCCUCAUGAGACAGACGCCAUCGGCCCACAGCUGACGGAGGAGCUGAUUAAAGCUCUUCAGGACCUGGAGAACGCUGCGUCCGGAGACGCCACCGUGCGCCAGAAGAUCGCCUCUCUGCCUCAAGAAGUGCAGGACGUCUCUCUGCUGGAGAAGAUCACAGAUAAGGAAGCAGCAGAUAAGCUGUCCAAGACGGUGGAUGAAGCGUGUCUUCUGCUGGCGGAGUAUAACGGGAGACUCGCGGCUGAGCUGGAGGACCGCAGGCAGCUGGCUCGCAUACUGACGGAGUACAUCAACAGCCAGAAGGAGGCACUGAGCGAACGGGAGAAAAAACUCGAGGAGUACAAGCAGAAGCUGGCGCGAGUCACUCAGGUGCGCAAAGAGCUGAAGUCUCACAUCCAGAGCCUGCCAGACCUCUCGCUCCUGCCCAACGUCACCGGAGGACUGGCGCCUCUUCCCUCGGCUGGAGAUCUCUUCUCCACUGACUGACCGGUUCUCCUUUCGUCAUCCCUCCAUCCUCAGUCUGGACUCUGAUUCCACCGCCACCAGCCGGUCAGCUGAUAUCAGGCCAAACCCUCACACUCUGGCCUUGUGUUCAGGUUUUAGAAGGAAAAAAAAAUCAUCAAACAGCGAACGUGACCGUGACUCUGCCGUCUCAUCAUUAUUAGUGGAUUUUUUUUGUUUUUUUGGAGGUUUUACUGCUUUAUUUGCUUAUUAAUAAUCAAACAAGGAGUCUGUGUGACCUGCUUUUUUUCUUUAUCUGCUCAGUUAUAAAGACUAGGUAGCUGAAAUAAAGGAAAUACACAGCUAA